UGCCCCGGCGCUGAGCAGACCUGAGGCUGCGGCUCUCCGCUUGUAGGAAUCGCGCAGUGCGAACUGGGGAGCGAGCAGCGUCGCACACAGGAGCCGAGCAGGAGGGGAGGCUGUGCGGUGCAUCUGAAACUAAUCAGGCUUUAUCUGAGGAGAGACGCUCACGAAAGCCAUUUCUGCGCACCUUCCUCGCAUGUGAAACACAUCGAUGACACCACGAAGAAAACCGGGGAAGAUUUUCACCUUUCGUGCUGACGCGGUUACAACAAGGAGCCCAAGAGAGGCAAUGGAGUUUAUGUAUGGUUAUGCUGUUUUUUGUUUUUGAUUUUUUUCUUCUUCACUGAAGCAGUACAUUACUACUAAUUUGAAUAACAUGCUCUGAAUACAUUAUUUUCUCGAUAAUGCAAAGAGGGGAUUAAACAGUAAUAAUAAUAAUAAUAAUAAUAAUAAUAAUAAUAAUAAUAAUAAUAAUAAUUUGGACACGAGACCUGCUUUCUGAUAUUUUAUCGCCAUUUUUUGUAUCAAAUGUGUGUUCACCAGAGACUGAAGGUUGUUCAAAAAAUGAUCUCCUUGGCAACGGACUGCGGUUUUCUCCUCUAAUCCGGAGGUGAAAUCCGAUGUUUUAAUUUGACUCCUGCUUCACGUCAUAUCGAAAUGCAGUAGCCUGGAUACUGUAGCUGUAAAAGAGAAGAAAAGAAAAUCAUUUCGUUGCGGUUAUUGCUGUGUUUGCAUUGCUCAUAUUCCGAGGUGUGGUUUGAUAUUCUCUUUACAGCAGUCGAGUCAAAUGUCGUAUUUCAAUGACACUGUUUAACGCUAAACCAGAAAGCAGAUGUUGUGACAGGAUUGCAAACAACGAGAGACGGAGAGAGAGCACCACUGGGAUGAACUCGCCAUAACACUGAGGCGCCGUCUGCUGCUAUUCUUGGCACGACCACGAAUUAUAAUUUGGAGAGAAAGAAAAAAAGGACAGAUUUCUGAUUUAUUUAUGUAUGUAUGUAUUUAUUUGAGGAAGCGAUGUGAAUUGAUUCCCGGAUAGUUAAUUGCUGGUGUAAGGACGCACGCAAUAGAUAUUUCAUAAUCACAACGACAUUGUAUAGAUAUUGAUAAUCACAUUGACAAUAACAGCCGCUUUAGAGAUGGUGCCCGGGACGCCCGCAGCCAUGCUACCAGCACAGGAUGCAGCGAAGAUUUACCAAACCAACUACUUGAGGAAUUCCCGGGCGAUCGGAGUCCUGUGGGCGAUUUUCACCAUCUUGUUCGCCAUCGUCAACGUGGUGUGUUUCAUAGAGCCCUACUGGAUCGGGGACGGAGUGGACACGCCGCAAGCCGGCUACUUCGGCCUCUUCCACUACUGCAUCGGGAACGGGAUCUCCAGGGAGCUGACGUGCCGGGGCAGCUUCACAGACUUCGACAGCAUCCCCUCCGGCGCGUUCAAAGCGGCCUCGUUCUUCAUAGGGAUGUCCAUGGUGAUGGUUAUCACCUGUAUCGUCUGCUUCACCCUCUUCUUCUUCUGCAGCACCGCCACUGCCUACAAGAUCUGCGGCUGGAUGCAGCUGACGUCCGCGGCCUGUCUGGUGCUGGGCUGUCUGAUCUUCCCUGAUGGCUGGGACUCUGACGAGGUGAGGCGCAUGUGUGGCGAGCGCACAGACAAGUACACCCUGGGGGCGUGCUCCAUGCGCUGGGCCUACAUCCUGGCUAUCAUGGGGAUCCUGGACGCGCUCAUCCUCUCCUUCCUCGCCUUCGUCCUGGGGAACCGGCAGAACAGCUUGCUGCCAGACGAGCUGCUGGCCGACACCAAGGAUAAUGGAAAUGCUUAACAGAAAGCAAGGUCUUGUUGCCGCUCAGUAGAUGGUGAUCAUGAAGGAGGCAGGCCGCGGCUCUGGAGAGCUGAGAGAGCGUGAGAGAGCGUGAGAGAGCGUGAGAGAGCGUGAGAGAGCGUGAGAGAGCCGCCGCUCUCCC